ACGGCGUAAUGACUUUAAUGCCCCAAACCUGUCCUCUGUAGAAAUUUGUUUCCCUCCAAACAAACCCGUAAUCGAAGAGUCGUGUGUGGAAGCUUGAACAGUUCUCCGAUGUUAAUGGCGCGAUGUUAGGCGUGGGAGUUUGAGAUUGUUGCUUGACGAUGUGAAAUUCCUGUCAAUAGAAUAGCAUUUUUUGAUUUACCGCAAUCCCUAGCAAAUACGGAAGCCCCUACGCUGUUGAUACAUCAACUCCGGCGGUGUAGGUGCUUGUGACGGUGUUGUGCUUCGAAGUAGCGAGCGGAAAGUCUUCGUAGGCCUCCGACAAUGGUUCCAGGUAGCAGUGGCAGCAGGACUGGUAAACGGAAACUUGGGUUAAGGUCACCACAAACAUCGACAAGGCAAGCCAGUAAAAGACAAGCGAAGCUCCCAUUCAAGAAACAGAAAGGGCCGGGUGAUCCUGUUCGGAGAGGUUAUGUUGAUCCGUCGAAAUUAAUGUACCGGUCAAACAUAUCCGGGCUGAUUAGCACAGUUCUGGAACUGGAAUUACGUGAUGGCCACAUCAGACAGUUGCAGAGAACGUCAUUCUGGCUAAUGAUUGAUGUUAUUCGGGCUAACGACUUGGAUCCUAAAAUGUUCAAAAAAUGUGAUGCGACAGUAUGUCGGGUAAUACAAACUUACAACCCUGAAGAUGAGAAAUUCAACAUCGGUGGAGCUAAGUUACCAUUGCGCAACAACGACAUCAGGUUGAUCUUCGGCAUACAAUGUGGGAGGGAGAAAUUGGAUAUGACACAUGGUGGGAAAGGGCCGUCUGAUUUCAUCCAAAGACGUUGCGCAAAAGUUAGCCGAAUUUCUUCAAAAUUAAUAAAGGACUUGCUGGGAGAAGCAAUAUGUGGUCGUACAAAGCGUGACGAAGAAGAUGUGGCGAAAUUGCUGUGUCUUUAUCCGCUGUGGGGAAACUAA